UUUAAUGAGUGAUCACGAAAACUCAAAUAUCGAAGAAGUCAUUACUAAGAUUAAAAGCCUACCUGUUGCUGAAAGAGUCAAAGCAGUCGCUCUCUUUUAUCACUUAAAACGCAAACAACAAUACGAAGAGGAGUUGGAAGAACAAGUUUAGAAACUCACUAUUGAAUAUGAUCACUUGAAUCUCCCUCUCUAUUAGAAGGUAAGAAUUUACAUUCUAUUUCUUCUUAAAGUAAAACGAAUUGAUUCUUGGAUAAAGAGCUGCCACUGAUAUUGAACUGUCCAAUUCAGACAAAUUCUUAAGUGAAGCAGAAAAAGCACUUGUUAAUGAGAACAAUACAGCAGAACCCAUUGAUGAUUAUUGGUACAAGGUACUCAAAAAUUCAGUUGUUAUUGGUAAAUAUCAUUUUGAUUGUGUUUAGCGGAUGUAUGUUAAGACAAUGAGAAGGAUUGGGAUGUGUUGAAGUCACUCACUAAAGUAGAAUUAGAGCUUGAAGAAAACAGCCACAAUUUCACUAUCAAACUCACCUUUGCCCCCAAUGAUUACUUUACUAAUUUAGUUCUAACUAAGAAAUUCAUUUUUGAGAAGGCAGAAGAGACUCCAGUGAAAAGUGAAUCAACUCAUAUUGAAUGGAAAGAGGGCAAGAAUGUCACUCAAAAGAAGGUUUCAAAGAAAUAAAAGAACAAGAAAACUGGAGCAUCUAGAACUGUUGAUAAAGUUGUUGAUGCUCAAAGUUUCUUUGGAUUCUUCAAAGAUUUUGAUCUUACAACUAAGAAAGAUCUUGAUGAAGAAGAAGUUGAAAAAUAGGAAGAUUUAAUGAAUGAACAUUUUGACAUUGCUACAGAAUUCCUUGAUUCCAUUGUUCCAUGUUCAUUGGAGUUGUUCUUAGGAUUACAACCAGAAAUGGCUGAAAUAGAUGAUGAUGAUGAAGAUGAUGAGGAUGAUGAUGAUGAUGAAGAUGACAAAAAAAAAUCUGUAUUCUAUUAAAAUUAUCAAUUAUUAGAAAAGAAAGAAGUCAAGCAGCAGCAAGGGUGAUAAGAAUGAAAGUAAGAAAACAGAAAAGCCAGAAUGCAAAUAAUAAUGAUGAUCUAUGUGUUGAUAUAAAUUAAAAUAGAG